AUGAAUCAGGACGAACUACAAAGGGUUCUUUGGCCAAUAUUUGUAAAUUCUUAUCUUGAACUUGUAUUAAAAGGAUUUCCUGAUCAAGCGACAGAUUUCUUCAAUGCUUAUCAAUCGGACCACGUUAUUCACGUCAAAGAGCUUAAUACAAUGCGAGUGACAACACAACCGUAUCAUGUACAGGAGAAUGAAUUUGCUCAAAAUUUUCGAACAAGGAAAUAUUUAGUAAAGAUGUGUCAAACUUCGUUUGAAAUAUUUCUCGAUUAUUUGGAAAAUAAUAGUAACUUCUUGAUAAGGCUCGUAAAUCAAUAUCUACAUAUUGAAGCGAAAGCCGGAGGAUUCGGAGCAUCACAUACAGAUAUUGGUGUCCCUAGUUAUUCUACAUAUGAACUUGAUGAAUAUAAUAAACAAGAAGUUCAUUUGGGGUAUAUGCCAAUGGAUCCAGAGUUUCGUGAAGAGUUAGAAAGAGAAUUAAAAGAGCAAGAUGGAAUCCGUCAAAGACAAAUCGAGGAAGCAAACCAGGUAAGGGAAAUUGAAAAUCAGAUGAAUGAAAUGGAGCCAAUUCCUUCGUUGCAUCAAGAAUUUUUGAAUAAAAUGAAAAGGGAACAAAGUACAGAUGCCCCCGACAGGAUGUCUAUUCCGCUUCCAUCAUACAAGGGAGCUGACGUAUUAGCACGCGUCGAAAUGGUAAAAGACUUGACUCUACGAGCAGAAUUGGAUCCAUCAUCUACCCUCCCAUCGAUUUGUUUUUAUACAUUUUUUAAUACUUACGAUAGCUUGAAUUGUUUAUCCAUAUCCGAAGACACAACUCUUAUCGCUGGGGGUUUUUCAGAUUCAUACGUUAAAAUCUAUAGUUUGAAACACGAAAAAUUAAGAGGUUUACGUGGACUUAUAAACCCAGCUGAAAUGAAAACUGUCAGCGACCUUGAUAAUGCAAAAGAACGAGUUGGUAGUGAUUGUAAAAAACUUUUAGGACAUUCCGGGCCUGUAUUUGGAUUAAGUUUCAGUCCUGAUAAUAGAUAUAUUAUUUCAUGUUCGGAAGACAGGACCGCGCGACUUUGGAGUAUAGACUCAUAUACUAAUCUUGUGUGUUAUAGAGGUCACAAUUCCCCGGUAUGGGACGUUGAUUUUAGUCCCUUGGGAUUUUAUUUUGUAACAGCCUCACAUGAUAGAACUGCUAGGCUUUGGAGUUGCGAUCAUAUUUAUCCUUUAAGGAUCUUUUCGGGACAUAUAUCUGAUGUUGAUACCGUUAAAUUUCAUCCCAACUCUAAAUACGUCGUCACUGGAUCAAGUGAUAAAUCAGCUCGUAUGUGGGAUAUUCAAGGAGGUGGUUGCGUUCGAUUAUUCUCUGGUCAUACCGGAGGGAUUUCAUGCUUAUGUAUAUCUGAUGAUGGACGUCUAAUGGCAUCAGCAGGCGAGGACAAGUCUAUAAUGUUGUGGGAUCUUGGAACUGGUAAACUUCUCAAAAAAAUGUUGGGUCAUAAAUCAACUAUAUAUUCAUUAGAUUUUAGCAAAGAAAGCAGUAUUUUGGUAUCAGGCAGUGCGGAUGGUACCAUUCGCAUAUGGGAUGUAAAAAAAGGCAUGUCGGAUAAUUUGAAUGAAGAUGAACAUAUUAAAUCUAGAAUGGAUGUAGAUGAAAAUCGUUCACUGCUUACGAAGCAUAAACUAAUAACUGAAACUAAGGAUCUUAUUAAGACAUAUCCAACAAAACAAACACCGAUUUACAAAAUUCAAUUUAGCAGAACAAAUGUAUGUCUUGCAGCUGGAGCUUAUAUGCCAACCGAAGAAGAGCUAAAAGAAUUAAUGGGCAAUAAUGAACAAAAGAAUACUUAA